CGUUGACAGUGGCGAGUUUUAAAGUCAUUUUAGUACACAAUUAUAAUAAACUCCUCUCGAGCGAGAAGUAACGCUUGUGAGUUUCGUAGUUCCGUCUUCCAAUCCCAGCGCCCAGAACCAAACUCCUUUUCGUUCCAACCAAUGCCUAAUGCUUGCUAAAAGCCCCACCAGCUAUUGUUGGUAAUGAAACGGGCUGCCUCAUUUAUUGAUGAAGAAAUCGGUGAGGCUUUAAAUUCAUGAUUUCAAUAUUGAGAAGGCUAUCGAAACCAUCCCUCUACAUUACACAGAUCCCAAAACUCAUGGAAUCUUCGUCGGGCUCUUCUGGGUGCUCAAGAAGGCUAGACGCUUUGGCACAGCAACUCCGCCUUUACAAGCCGCCGCCAUUGUGGGAUGACAUAGAUGAGCCAAGCAGUGAGGAGAGCAAUGGAAAGGUUGUUUCUCAAGUGGGCUUCCCCGAAUCGGCCACCCCAAUUUCCCGAGACCCAGAGAGAUUCAGACCCAAGAAAGCGGCUGUGUUGAUCUGCCUUUUUGAAGGGAAGGAUGGCGAUCUUCGGGUCAUUCUCACCAAGCGAUCCACGAGGUUGUCUACUCACUCAGGUGAAAUUGCAUUGCCUGGAGGAAAAGCAGAGGAAGGAGAUGAAGACGAUGGGGCGACUGCGACGAGAGAAGCGGAGGAGGAAAUUGGUUUGGAUCCUUCGCUUGUAAAUGUUGUUUCUGUUCUUGAGCCAUUCUUGUCUAAGCAUCUCCUAAGAGUGGUUCCUGUUAUAGGCCUUAUGACUGACAGAAAUGCAUUCAUUCCCAGACCAAAUCCUGCUGAAGUGGAAGAAGUAUUUGACGCUCCACUUGAUAUGUUCAUUAAGGAUGAAAAUCGGAGAUCAGAGGAAAGAGAGUGGAUGGGAUGCAAAUACCUUGUUCAUUUCUUUGACUAUGAAACCGGGAAUAAGAAGUAUGUGAUAUGGGGUUUAACUGCCGGGAUCUUGAUAAGGGCUGCAUCAAUAGUACUCCAGAGUUCACCACCUUUUCUGGAGCAAAACCCUAUCUUCAAGGUUCCAAGGGUUGCAUCCAAAGAUACAAUUAUGUCUUAAAUUUGAGAUUUUAUUGUUCAACUGUGGUGUCGAAGUUGGACCUCAACUGAACUAAGAUUUUGAUGUUAAUGUUUGAUAUGAAUAAAAGGUAGAAGAUUCCAAAGAUUA